GACGGCCGCCCGGACGAGCGACAGGCCAAAGCGGAGCGGCGAGCGCGCCGGCAGCCGCUGCCACCCUCCCGGGCGCCGGCCGGCGCGGAGCAGGGUCGGCAGCGGAGUCCGGGACGACGAGGCCGUCCCGCAGGGGAGGCGGGCCGGCGCCGCGUCAGGACGGAGCCCAGGCAGGCCGGGGUCUCGCUCUGGACGCGAGGCUCGCUCCGCCGCGUCCCAGCUACCUGCCGUCGCCAGUCCAGCGCGGCGGCGCCGCCUUCGCCAAGGGCGGCGGGGGCGGGCGUGUGGAACGGGGCGUCCUCCGGGUUCGCGUCCACACUUUUCCUCCCACACAACGUGGCGUCAUCCACCCACUGAGGCCUUCCGGCAUCGCUUCCCACCCCGGUCCGGGCGCACUCUGGAAGCCGGUCCGCCCGGAACCGGCCUUCCGUUCCCCGCGGCUUCGCGGCGCUGCGCGAGGGCAAAGGCGGGCUGGGCGCGGUGGCCCCGCAGGAGGCACGGCCCCAGCCGGCGGGGCGGACGCCCGGCGUUGCCUGGCAACCGGGUCGCGAGUUAUUGGCCGCGCCGGGCCCCGUGACCCGAGGACUCGCACUUCCGGCGCUCCCGGAAGUGUCGUGCGCGGCGUGGGCGCCAGGCCCCGCCCCCGGCUGAGGCGGAAGCGGAGCCGCCCGGGUCGAGCCGCCCUGCCACCGGCGCCUGGGUCCAUGGCCGCCUACUCCUAUCGCCCCGGCCCGGGCUCCGGCCCGGGGCCAGCUGCGGGCGCGGCGCUGCCGGACCAGAGCUUCCUGUGGAAUGUCUUCCAGCGAGUUGAUAAGGACAAGAGUGGGGUGAUAUCAGACAAUGAACUUCAGCAAGCGCUGUCCAAUGGCACGUGGACCCCGUUUAACCCAGUGACUGUCAGGUCAAUCAUUUCUAUGUUUGACCGGGAGAACAAGGCUGGUGUGAACUUCAGUGAGUUCACAGGCGUGUGGAAGUACAUCACAGACUGGCAGAACGUCUUCCGCACCUACGACAGGGACAACUCCGGGAUGAUCGACAAGAAUGAGCUCAAGCAGGCACUCUCAGGCUACCGGCUCUCUGACCAGUUCCAUGACAUCCUAAUUCGGAAGUUUGACAGACAAGGACGAGGGCAGAUCGCCUUUGAUGACUUCAUCCAGGGCUGCAUUGUCUUGCAGAGGCUGACAGACAUAUUCAGACGUUAUGACACGGACCAGGACGGCUGGAUUCAGGUAUCCUAUGAGCAGUAUCUCUCCAUGGUCUUCAGCAUCGUGUAACGCGAGCCUCGUGGACAGCAGCACAACGUAUGAGAAAAGACUGAAAUGCCAAAUUCCUCCUCUACACAUCGGGACCCAGACGCAGUUGGAUGCUGAUCUUCCGUCAGAUCUUGUGGGUUAACACUUGGGGACCUGACUGUACAUAUGUGGAUAAGCGACUAGGGCUUUGCAGUUGUAGCAGCCACUAUGUCAUGGUAACAACCCUGGGCUUGCUGGCCUGCUAACUGUGCCGUGAGGCUAAGCGCAGUGAUGAAGGCUCAGGUGUUCUGCUCCCAGAAUGUAUCACGUGCUUCCCCAGAUCUCCAGCUCUGCAGUGGAGAUGCUUCUGUCAGCCAAUAGAAUCUUAAAGUAAUGUGGAACUUGCACAGAAGGCUUUCAUGUGCCUUACUUUUCUAAAAGGAGUUUGUUGUAUUCAUUGGAACAGGCAACAUAAGCAAUAAAGGUACAGACUCAAGGCCCGCUUUUAGCUUCUCACAUCAAACAGGGAAGAAACGUGCCCAUGUCCCCAGCAUCCACCAUCUUAGACACACUCGCUUGCCUGAAGCUACGUCAGGUGAGACCAGUAGGACAGGGAGACAAGGCGUCCCACAGAGAUGAGGCCAUCCAUGGCAGCCCCACGCCCGCUGCACAGCCCCAUCAGCUUUGCACGAAGGAUGGUGGGUGGUGUACUCAGAUUGGGGAGGGUGUAAGGACCUUUGGGUUCUGGUGGGUGCCACUGACAAGACAUGGGUGUCCACAGGGUCCACUGGGGCCUGGCUGGCCUAGGAUGGGCCUGAGAGGCAAGGGCUUCUUGACCGUGACGUCUGGUUGGUGGGAUCAUUUGGGGGCUGUGAUGGCAGAGUGGCAUUGUAGAUGUCACUAGCUAAGGGCCUGUGGGACUUUGUGUGAUUCCAUUGCAGGGUUUCCUGGGGAAUAUGAGGAUUUCUACCCAUAUCCAUGAUGGUCACCUCCUGGACUUUGACAAGCUGUGACCCAGACCCACAGCUGACCCCACCCCAGUCCAGUGAGGUCAGUGUGUGCACCCCAGACCACAGGCCCAGUGUACUUUGCCCCCUCAUUGUUUCAUGACACCUGCCUAUCUUCCAGCGAAAGCCCCAGUCACCUCCACUCCCUCUGGGGUCCCAGCUCCACUCCACGGGGGGUCACUUGCUGCUGGAGGAGCAUGUGGAGGUUGCUCCUCAUCUCAGCCCACAGGCCCCAUGAUCAGCCCACUCAGUCUCGUCUCCCUGCUCUUGUGCCUCAGUACACCUGCACCACACACCUGAGAAUACUGUGCUGCACAUCUGAGAACAGUGCCUAACCACACGUCCAAGAGUACCCGUGCUGCACACCUGAGCACAGAAAGUACCUAGCAUACCUGAGAGCACCUGAGGACAGAAUAGCACACCUGAGAACAGUACCUGUACUGCACACCUGAGAACAGAGUGCCUAGUCAUACACCUGAGAUCACCUGUGACACACACCUGAGGACGAAGUACCUAGCACACCUGAGUGCUGCACACCUGAGAACAGAGUGCCUAGUCAUACACCUGAGAGCACCUGUGCCGCACACCUGAUGGUGGAGUACCUAGCUACACCAGAGUUCCUGUGCUGCACAACUGGGAAUGGAAUUCCUGUGCUGCACACCUGAGAACAAAGUACCUAGCCCCACUCCCAAGAGUGCCCAUGCUACACACCUGGGAAUGGAAUAUUUGCCAUUUACCUGAUAAUGUACCUGCUGCACACCUGAGAAUGGAGUACAUGUGCCACACACGUGUAUCUGUGCCACACAACUGAGGGAAGUACCUGUCAGGGUUCAGUGUCUUAGGGUCUGAGCUCGAUGUGGUCUGAGUUGCUUUCAAGAAAUCAGAAUGGCUGGGCUGGAAUGUUCUGGCCAGUGGAGACCAUGGCCUGUGAACUGAGGUGGGGACUUCACUGCUGUUCCCCGAAGGCCUGAGGGUCAUGGUCAGUGGUGGGGCAGGUGCUUACCUGAAGUGGAGCACGGCCCCCGCCCCCGCCCACCCACUGCAGACUCUGAGCAGGUCCCUGGUGGGCACUGGGCAGAAAGAUCCAGGAGCCUGGGAAAGGGGCCCAGUGAAAUGCCGCGCCUCCCUCUCCACCCCACCAUGGCACCCUCAGCCUGCGGGACACACCACAGAGGACCUGCCAGCCCUGGGAGGGUGCUCAGCAGCUGCAGAGGCUGAGGGCUGCUGGCGUCCCAGUGCAAGUGGCUGUGGGCUGUGGCCUGGACACUUGUGUCGUAGGCAGUCCAUCCUGUUGUCCAUGCAGCUGGUUGUCAGGAUGGAGUGAGUGGAGAGCCAGUGGCAGUGUGGACAAGGCACCACCUGGGGAGCCCAGGCCUGCUGAGAACUGCAGCAAGUCCUCUCCUAGGUCCUCAAGACCACACUCCCUCCUGCCACGUGCCGGUGUGUGCACAGAUUGCACCUUGUCUGAGCAGAAAUGAAGAAGCCACUCUCCACUCUGGAGUCCCCCUUCCUGAGGGGAAACAGGCCAUGGAACGCCAAGGCUGUCCCUCCCAUGCCACCACCUGGUCACUGUGGAGCCCACAGCCUAGGCAGAGGUGGUGUGAGCAGGUGCAGGGAGGGGCAUCAGGGUCAGAAGAGGGGCUGAGGGAUCCGGUCUCCUGCCAUGGGCUCGUCAGCCCCCAGGAUGCUCCUGCCAGAUUCUUCCUGCUAACCGGGGGCCUCUGCCACUGGGGGGUGAGCAGCCAGAACACUCUAUGUGACCUGAUCACGUGGGUCGAGGGCCGGCCACACUCCUGGCUUCUCAGCAUUAAGGGCAGCUUGUGAGUUCACAUGGUACCCGUGUAUACGUGCAUGUGAGAUUAUCUGACUGGCGUGUGAGUCCCCAGAAGUUCAGGAGCUGCGUGUUGUGUCUCUGAGAGACAGACAUACUGCCUGGUGGACAGGUAAAGGGAAUUCUUGCCUGCCUGGAUCUGCUUACCAUUCCUGAGUGCACAAUCCAGCGGUGUUAAUAAUCUUCACUUUGCUGUGUGGUCUUCGCCACCCACCAUCCCCAAACCUUCCGUCUCCCAAAACCGAAGCUCUGCCUGCAUUCAGUACGAGCUCCCACCCCUCAACCCUGAAACCCCCUUCCACCUCUGAGUCCAACGACUGACUCUAGGGAUCUCAGCGGAGUGGAACCCUGCGGCACUUGUCCUGUUCAAGUGUACUUCCCUGAGCACAAUGUCCUCGAGCUUCUCCCAAAUUGUUUCAGGUGUGGGAAUGUUCUUUUCAAGGAAGAAUAAACCAUGGAGGUGUGA